UUACGAUCAAAUUCCAAAACCCUUUUACAGAAAUUAAUAGCUAUGAUCAUCACGUGGUUGCCCUCCAUCAAACUCACCAUGGUUUCUUCUUCGUUGUUAAAAACUCCGUUAAUUCAUUAUAGUGACAAGAUGAAAGAGCUUUUCACCUCCAUGUUUUCUCUAAUUUUCUUCCAUGCACUCCUUCUCAUCUUCGUCUUCCACUUUGGUGUAGCUGGAGGUAUAGUUGGAGCUGUUGUAGGCGCAUUGAUCGGGUUUAAGGACAAAACGAACCUGUUACAAGAUGUGAUCAUGGGUGCAACAUCAGGGGCAGCUUUGUCACAGAAAAUUACUACGGCUACCUUUCAGCAGCUUUUGUAUUCUGAUCAUGAUGAUGAACAUGGUUGCUUCCUUCACCUGGUUGAUAUUGUAGCAAGUGCUUUGGAAUCAAAACUUCUUCGAGAUGAAGAUCAUAUAUUCCUAAUUAACAAGGUUGCAAGUUGUGAGAAACUCAUUAAGCUUCCAAAGAUUGAAAUAACAAAAGAUGACGUCUUUGAUGCUUUCGGAAAUGCAACUUGCUGCUCAAUUUGCCUUCAAGAUUUUGAGGUUGCGGAUGCAGCUGGAAUGUUUCCUCAGUGUGAGCACAAGUUUCAUCCAGAAUGCAUAUCACAAUGGCUUCUUAACCACAAUACAUGCCCAGUAUGCAGAAGAAGCAUAUAAUCACUACGUAGAAACAUGA